AUGUACCGAUUUAGUGAACGCGGAAUAUCGAGUCUAGUGCAGUGCCUACGGCUGACGGCCAACUGGGUGUGGCCGGCGUCGCGCUGCGGGCGCGGGUCGCGCGGGUACUGGGCGCCGGCGCCGUCGCUCGGGUCCCUGCCGCCGCCGCCGUCGCCCUCGCCCUCGCCCUCGCCCUCGCCCGCGCCCUCGUCCAGCGACGACGGCGGCUUCCUGCCGCGCCUGCGCGCGCCGCUGCGAGCCGGCGCCGCGCCGCCGCUGCCGCGCGCCUCCUCGCCCGCCUGGCCGCCCUGGCCGCCCUGGCCCGCCUGGCCGCCCUGGCCGCCGUGGGCGCCGUGGUCGCCGCUGCACGUGUCCGACCUCAGCUCCGUGCCCUUCCCGAGCUCCGCCGAGGGCUCCUUCCCCACGCCGCCCGAGCCCUUCCGCCCGCGCGCGCGCGCGCCCGCCCGCCCCCACCCCCACCCCCACCACCGCCACCCGCGCCCGCCGCCGCACGAGGCCUCGCCCGAGAGCCGCUCCUCCUCCAGCGGCUUCGGCAGCAAGAACGCCUCCUCCUCCGCGCACAACCGCAGCAGCCUGGCCGAGUGGCGGCCGCCGCCCUACCGGCCGCCGCCGCCCGCGCCCGCGCCCUCCCUGCGACCCGGCUCGGCGGCGGACGCGGGCUCGGUGGACGUGCACUACGAGUGGGACCGCGCCACGCGCACGCCCACGCCGUCCACGCCGGAGCGGCGGCCGCGCGCGCGCGACGACGUGGAGGCGCGGGUGCGCGCCAUGAAGGAGGAGUUCCUGGAGUUCCGCAAGCGGCAGGCGCUGCGGCGGCGCUCGCCCGAGCCGCCGCUGUCGCCGCUGGCGGUGUACCCGCUGUCGCCGUUGUCGCCGCUGUCCCCGCUCUCUCCGUUGGCGCCGCUCGCGCCGGCGCCGGCCGAGAGCGUGUGCUGA